AUGGUCCGCAUCAGUGCUGCAGUCCUGGCUUUUGCCGCCACCGCCAUGACGGCCACCGUCCCCUUCCACAGCGCCGCCGCCGUUAACACACACAACAUCCACGCCCGGGCCUUGAAGAACGGCCUGUUGUUUGAGAAGCGGCAGAACCCGCAGCAGAACAGCACCGUCGGCGCCAACCCCAACGCCGCCGACGGUACCGGCAACCCCGACGACCAGAGUACCGGUAACCCCAAGGCCGACAAGAUCUUGGCCCAGUUCAAGGCCAGCUUGACCGAUGACCAAAAGGCAGCGGGCGACAAGGUUGAAGAGGCGGUCAAGGCGGCCGACGCCUCGCUAAAGGACGACCAGAGGAAGAUGCUAGCCGAGGUUGACAAGAUCUUUUCUCAGAGCGAGGGUGGCCAGGGUGCCGACGGUGUCGAUGGUGCCGACCCUGCCAAGCCUGCCGACCCUGCCCAGACUUCCCAGCCUGUCUAG